AUGUCGAGUGGACUUGGUGCAACCGCAAUGGGGAUCGGCGUUAGUCACGGGACAGGCGGCGAAGGUGUAGCUGGUGGUUGCCGCCUCCGUGCACAGAACCAAGGCCAGGCCUCGGGGUCCACGAUGCAGCAUAGUAAUCCGCAACAAUCGUCUCAGCAGCAGCAGCAGUCGCAGCAGCAGCAGCAACAGGCGCCCGCGUCGCAGCAGCAGUCGCAGCAACAGCAACGCCAGGCGGCCGGAUUCACGGGCCGAUCGAAGAAGGACAACUGUUGCCUAUGCUGGUGCUGUUGCUGCAGUUGCUCGUGGAAUAAAUGUUUGGCGGCAGUCGGCGGUAAUUCGACGGGUACCGGCGGUGCGGGCGAUCAGGGCAAGAAAAAGGGCAAUGCCGGUGUCGGCGGCGAUCACAGCAGCGGCAUCAGCGUCACCGACUUCGCGGGUGCAGGUGCGGGUAACGGUCUCGACGGACUCGACGGCCUCGACGGCGGUCCGGAGCGCUGCAGCUUGGAGGAGGUCCGAACGUGGGGCUCGUCCUUCGAAAAACUGAUGAGGAGCUCCGCCGGCCGCAAGCUCUUCAGAGAGUUUCUCGUGAGCGAGUACAGCGAGGAGAACAUCGCCUUCUGGCUUGCCUGCGAGCAACUCAAGAGGGAGAGCAAUCCCGAGACGAUCGAGGAGAAGGCGCGCUACAUUUACGAGGAUUACAUAUCCAUACUUUCGCCAAAGGAAGUGAGUUUGGACUCGCGGGUGCGAGAAAUCGUGAAUCGCAACAUGGUGGAGCCUACGCCGCAUACCUUUGACGAGGCGCAGCUGCAAAUCUACACCCUCAUGCACCGGGACUCGUAUCCGCGUUUUGUCAACAGCGAGAUUUACCGAAGGGUGGCCAGAAUGACUAGCAGCGGUCCGCCCAGCCCGGGCAGCGGGCAGGAGCACAGUGGGAAGACGAAGAGCAAGCGAGGAGCGACGUAAUCGUGAUCGUGAUGGUCCAGAGACGUCGGGAGCGCGGACCAAGACCUCUAAAAUCAAGCACCUUCAUCAAAGCCACGAUCGGCCGAGCCGUUCGGCAGGGGCUUGCAAAACACCCCCCUCGUCGGAGAGCCUCCGUCGAGGCGAGGAAUCGCCCGAGCGGACAUGGCUGACGAAGCUAAUCCCCUCGCAGGAGGGAAUCUCUCCAUCCCUCCCCCCCCCCCACGGGGGUGGACGACGAGCUUUCUGGUCGCGUCAGAUUGCUCGCACGGAAGCCGGGAGCUUGUUCAGUGAUUCGCUCUUCCACGCGAAGGCGCAACGGGGCCAUGUAAUCGCGCUCGCCAUUGCACGCGAGCCAUUACGACACCGAUGAUGAUAAUGAUGAUGAUGAUGAUGGACUGAACGUACGACGAAAUCGCGAUCGCGGUCGGUCGCGUAAAAUCACAAAUCGUGGCGUUCCACUUUCAGCAGUUCGGUGCAGAGCGCAUGCACACGCGGGGACGGUGGAUCGUAUAGCCGGAGAAAGGAAGGUCACGCGAUCGCACGGGGAUGACGGGCACCAAAACGCGAACACCAUCGAUCCUCCCGUGUCCAUCGAUCUUCGAGCCUCGCGAUCUUACCCUCGUUGUAGCUGUAACUUAACAAAAGAGCUCGAGUAGAAGAUCGACUCGCGAGCUUCCCCUUUCUCUUUCGCUCUUCUCGGCUUAAAAGCGAAUUCGAUUUGAAUCACAUACCUUAUGUCUUUCACAAGCCAUUACAAAUAGUCGAAGUAUCCUCUUAUAUUUAUUAGCAAAUAAGGCAAAUUAGAUUCUGAGUAUUUUUUUUUUUUUUUUUACUUAAAUUUGCGCGUGUAAAACGUUGACGAGAUAUGAUUCUAACUCAAUUUGCCAGAGGCCAAGCAGACUGAAAGAGGUUGACUUAAGUAUGGCACGUUCGACGAAACGAGAUGCUCACAACAUAAUACAUAACUAUAAUUAUCUGACACGUUUGAUGUUGAAGAGAUGAUGAUGAUGAUGAUAAUCGCCACAUAUUUCUAGUCAUAUGUAUUCGACCGAAAUUCCGCGAGUAUGCAUUUUUUUGCGAAGGGACAAGUUCCACUCGUGAAUUGAACUUUCGCGGAAUAAUGAAUACUAAUCCCUCUCUCAGGACGCAAUUGAUUCCCCGGACGGUUUUUAUCGCGAUUGUGUCUCCUGUGAUUUUAAGAUUAACGCGCGUAGCAAGGAUUAGUCAAGAAUGUCGCGUGUCUUCGUGAACAUAGGUUUAAUCUGCUCAAGAUCGAACUUACUGUUUGCUCUCUUUCUCUUCCUUCCUCUCUUUCUUUCUCCUCUCUCUCUCUCUCUCUCUCUCUAUUUCUCUCUAUUUCUCUCUCGUUUCCGCGACAUUACCUUCCAUGAAUGGGGGAGAAUCGAGUCAACAUUGUCAUACAGCCCGCUGUAACUUCAGGGUAACGUAUCGUAAUGCAUUUUUUAUCGCGUGCACUUUUCUAUAAUCACCAGUAGAGUCCGCGAGUUUUCCUCCUCGGGAAGGACGAGGUCGCAAAAAAAUCGUACGUACACUUAUCCAGAAAAACGAGGAUAUUGUCGAGAAAGAGAAAGGGAGAGAAAAAGAGAGUGUCUUUUUUUCGGCAAAACAUCAAGGAUACCUCGAUUCGUUUCGCUUUCACCACACUUUUACGGGUUACCGAUGGACAGGGAUUUUCGCCACUUCUGGUGCGUCAUCCCCAUGGCGGAUAUUGAGCUACUGCCAGCGAGAACACACCAAAAAUCGAACGUGCGUUGAAGUCAACUAAUGUGACGAUCACCAAAGAGAAAAUGACACUCAAUCGACACGAAUCACAUGUAUACGCAUAUACACGAUUACACAAACACACGCGCGCGUACGUACGCAUACGUGUACAGAGACACGCACACACAUGUACUGACGCUGACACAAAGCGCGUACGCUCGUAUAGAAUCUAGUCAUCGUCACGCGGAAACGCGCGAUCGUGGAAGAAAAAGGCCUAAACACGAGAAAAAAAAAUACCAAGUGUCCCUCGAAAACUCGCGCGAAAAGUCGAGGCUGUCGCAUCAAAAUUGAACUGACAUCGUCGAUGAGAGCAAUGAAAGAGGAGGAACGCGAAAAGAGAGAGAGAAAAAAAAGAGAGAAAGAGAAAUUUCACACAGCGGAAGAGGCGCUCGACGAAAAGCGAGGCGAGUUGAGGCGUCGCGGUGCGGACGUAUCUUUUAACGCUAAUUCAUAAGUAUAAGUAUGGAAUAGGA